GCGUGACUGGUCGCUAGGAUACCAAGUUCUCUUCCAGAGGGAAUGAGGGGAACAAGAGAGAAAGGCCGUGGGUGUCACUGUCGGAGAUGCCCGAAGGCCGGGAGAGGCGGGCCUGCGUUAUCCUGAAUGGAGCAAAGCCUUGCGGCAGUUACCCGAAGCUCCGGCGGAAUACUCCUUCCUCACUCCUCACUCCCUCGCUCCUGAGACAGUUGCGACUGUUCCCCUAUUCUCUUUAGGUAUCAUCAGAUAACAUCACUGCAUUCAAUAUGUGUUCACUAGACCCUGAGGUUCAGCAGUUUAAAGACCCAUAUGAACAGUUUAUAUAUCAUCAUCUCCAGUACUAUGGUUAUUUCAGAGAUGAGGAAAAUUUCCCUCACAAAUUUAGUUUUCCUUUUGAAAGCUGGGAGAGCUCAUGCCAUUUAUUGACAGCAGGCAACUUCUGCAAAAAAGAUAGAAGUGAACAUGAUUCAGACAAGACCCUACUCUGUUCACUAGUGAUGGAAACUGCACUUCUUAAAAGUAAACAGCGCAUGCUUGAUCAACUAGAAAGCCCUAGUAUCUUGCGCUUACGGGAACCUCGGAAUCUUUUUUCUCUUCCUAGAGGUAGAAAUUCAAAAUUGACCCCACUCUGGCCAAUCGAGUGUGAAGUAAUUGAGGAUCAUAUCUAUCACACUGAAUGGGUUCCUCCUGAACCAGAACCUUUUUAUCAACCAACUGGAAAUGAAUUUGCACCGGAAAUAGUUGGAGAGAGUUCUGGAACUGUUGUCUUUUGCAUAGAACCAGCAAUCACAGGUACCUAUUUUAUCGCUUCACGAGUUGGAGGGUCAAGGCAACCUCUCAAGUCAGCUGCCGUCAGCUUAAAAGAUCCAGAAGACACCGUACUGUUAUUUGAAUCACGCUUUGAAAGUGGGAAUCUCCAGAAAGCAGUCAGGGUAGGGGAAUAUGAAUAUGAACUCACUUUGCGGACGGAUCUUUAUACCAGCAAGCACACCCAGUGGUACUACUUCAGAGUACAAAAUACUAGAAAAGAUGUCAAGUACCGCUUCACAAUUGUUAAUCUGAUGAAAGCCAAAAGCCUCUACAAUAUGGGAAUGAAGCCUCUUAUGUAUUCUCAGAAGGAUGCGGAGUCUCAGGGUAUUGGCUGGAGGAGAGUGGGGAAUGAUAUCAAGUAUUAUAAAUACAACACAGAAGAAGGUCAAACCCUCUAUUGCCUCACAUGGACAGUGUGUUUUCCUAACAGCUAUGACACAUGUUACUUUGCUCAAUUCUAUCCUUAUACCUAUUCAGACCUACAAAAUUAUCUUUUGACAUUGGUAGGGAAUCCACUCUAUUCUCAGUAUUGCAAACUCCGCCCUCUGUGCAACAGUCUAGCUGGAAACAUAGUAUACCUUCUCACCAUUACCAAUCCAUCCAAAGGUGUCAUUGCUGCAGCAGCAAAAAAAGCGAUUAUCCUAAGUGCCAGAGUCCAUCCUGGGGAAACAAACAGCUCGUGGGUGAUGAGAGGUUUUUUAGAUUUUAUUGUGAGUGAUGCUCCUGAUGCUCAUCUCCUUCGAGAUCUCUUCAUAUUCAAAGUUGUGCCCAUGCUGAACCCAGAUGGAGUUAUUGUGGGGAACUAUCGCUGUUCGUUGGCAGGAAGAGACUUGAACAGAAACUAUAGGACAGAACUAAAGGAAUCUUUCCCCUGCAUUUGGUAUACUCGGGCCAUGAUCAAGAGAGUCCUUGAGGAACGUGAAGUUCUGCUCUAUUGUGAUAUCCAUGGGCAUAGUCGAAAGAAUAAUAUCUUCAUGUAUGGCUGUAACAACAAGCAUGCACAAAAUCAGUUACUUCAUGAGCGAAUCUUUCCUCUUAUGAUGAGCAAGAAUAUUCCUGAUAAGUUUUGUUUCAACAGCUGUAAAUUUCAAGUUCAGAAGUGUAAAGAAGGAACUGGACGAGUUGUGAUGUGGAGAAUGGGAAUACUAAACAGUUAUACUAUGGAAUCUACAUUUAGUGGGUCAACACUUGGUGCUAAAAGUAGCUGUCAUUUUACUUUUGAAGAUCUCAAAUCUCUAGGUUAUCAUGUCUGUGAUACUUUAUUAGACUUUUGUGAUCCAGACCGCUCCAAGUUUCAGCAAUGCUUGCUAGAGCUUACAGAAUUACUGAAACAAAAAAUUCAGACUAAGCUCUCAGAGAUGGGUAAAAACAUGGAAAGUACUUGGAGUGACAUCUCUCUAUCUGAUGUUGAAUCCAGCACAAGUGGGUCUGACAGCUCCCAAUCAGAUGGUCCUCCUGCCCAUUUGCUCAAGAUGGUAGAAAAGGACUGUAAUGAGAAGAAGAAAAAGAAGAAGAAGAAACUUCUGCGAACCAGGAAAGAAAGAAAUGAUUUGCAUCAGAAAUUGGAUGUGAGCCACGCAUUAAAGCACAAGGAAAAAGUUCUAAACCGAGGCGAAGAAGAAGAUCGAGAGACAUGGAGCCACCGACUCCGCCCUUUCCCCCGCCCCACAGCUCGCCUCCUUGGGUGGGACCAGGACGCGCGCAGGGGAGAAAACACAAGUAAUUGUCAAAAGUGUCAAGAGAUUCCUAAAGGAAAACAGAUUGUUCCCCUGACUGAAUGUGAGUUCAGGAUCAAGAAUCCUAGCCCCCUCCUGAUAUCCACGAUUCCUCUAUCACCAAUACAGCGAAACAGCUUCACAACAACAACCAUCAAACAGCUUCCUGCUCCAUUUUAUGAGCAUUCCAAUGGAGAACUUAAUGGGAAACAGGAUGCAGGUACCUCUCUUCCAUCAUCCUGCCCUGGAGUCAAACGGUACAGGUCCUUGUGGUGGCACCCUGAAGUACCUUCUGUGACUUCAAUGCUACGUCGAAGUCUCUCCUUGAAAUCUCAGGUUCUAUUAAGCAAUAGACCUAGGUGGCACUUGAGUCAAAGCAGGUCACAGGUUCUUCCUCAUCGAGAAUUCAUAUGGAAGCCUUUCCAAAUUGACCCCAUACUUCUGAAGACCGAGAAUGAAUACGGUGCCAAUACCAAGGGACUACCAAAAGCAAUCGGUCAUAAAUAUUCCUCACAAGAUAGCAGAGAAACUAUUCAAGGCUUUAGGUUUGUCUACCAGGAACCAUGAAACCAUGAAUUUUUAAUAAGCUACACUGAGUUUACCGCUGGUCAAUAGGAAAACAGGCAGUCAAUAGGCAGUCUCCUGUUCUGAUUAUUUCUCACAAGACUUUAGUGCAAAGACAUCUUUAGUGAAUGAGAACUUGGAGCCUUAAGUAUGAAAGAAGAAUUCUCUUCUUUCCACAGAUUAAUUGCAAACUGUUAUGAAGGACAAGGGUUUUCCUCCUCCAUUAAUAUCUUAAGAGAAGUUGCAUACAGAUUUCCCAUCUAUUUGUUUUGCUGAAAAGAAAUAAAGAGGGCUAUGUGUGGAGGGAGAUUUGUGCAACCAAGAAUUGUCAGCAGGAAGCUUCAUGAACCUAUUGGAAGUUUUUCAUCUCCUCUUGAUUAUAUUAAGUUUGCUCCCUAGUGAGAUUCAAAAUCAGCUCAAAGAAAAAUAAGUGUCCUUCCUUCUUGAUUCUUCUUACAAAUACCUCCUCCACCACUGAACUCAUAUUACUUUGGCAAAUGUUGCUUUAGAAAACUUCCUCAUCUGCAACAGAAUGUCACUCAAUUCUUUUCUAGUAGGAAAAAUAUUAUGCCUAAGUAAUGUAUGCACAGGGUUUUCCUUUUUAUGAUGAAGGAUAAAUUGCAAAUUCUAGAAACUCAGUUUUAUUGUUCAUUUAUUGCUACAAUGCACAAAAAGCAAUUGAGACUGUUACUGCAUUUUUAUCCUUUGAGUGAAUGUAUCACUCCCCUAUUUCUUAGGAGUACACUGAUAGAUUUGAACUCUCAUUAUUGCUUUAGCUCAUAAUUAAAAAAGAAAACACGUGCAUACAUUAGAAUUCAGAAAAAUGUGCAGAGGGUGCAGAGAUCAUAAAAUAAUGUUUAUGUUCUUAAAGUUGAGCGAAAUUAAUUAAAUCUCUGUUAAAGUAUAUUUACUGAAGCCAUGUAUCGGAACUUGUAUUUUGUUACGGAUUUUGUGUAACAUUAAUGAAGUUUGUAUGUGACUUACAAAGGUUAAAAGAUUUUGAAACUUAUUCAGCCUAGGUUUUGUUCUGUUAUUAAAAAAACUAAACAACGUAAAUGACAAAUUAUAGGUACACUGCUGAAAAAUACACGAUUGUAUCAGAAAUAUUAUUUUACUUCUGUAUUGUUCAUGUUACAGAUUAAGGAACUUUACAUAAUAAGCCUUGUCUAACAGUCAUUUAUAUGUUUCACUGAAAAACAGUAUAAUAGCAACUAAAAGACACAAACGUUUAUGAGCCAAAUUUAAGUUAAUUUACACAAAGAACCUAAAUAUCUGAUUACAUUUGGCAUCCUUGGGUAUUUUUUCCUAUUGACAAAAUGAACAUUCUUGAAAAUAUUUUCUAGAAUUUUUUUCCAAAAGCAAAGUUUUCAAUCAUAUCUUAAUUAAAUACCAAUUUAUGUUCUUUAAAAAAAGUUGCCUUAUUUUUGUUGUUUGUCUUUAUAAUUAGACCAUUACUAGUCCUUAAUAAUAAAUAGUACUACUGUAAAAUUAUAAAUUUGAUUAAUAAGGAAAACACAGAACUUGAAAAAGAUUAAUGAACAAAAUAUUCAUAAAGUAUAGAAAUUCUGUGUCUCACUUUCACAUGGGCUGAGUAGAAUGAAACACUGCAACAAAGCCACUUCAUUGGUUUUUGUAGAAAUGUAUGGCUAGAGUUUUUUCUAUUGAAGCCAAGUAGCUUGUCAAAGUGAAACAGUCCUCCUUGAUACUAAUUGGAGAUGUCAGAGUAAAGUCCCUUACUUUUUCCAUGUUGUAACACCACUUUAUUCCAGUGAUGAGACUGCGAAGCAGUAGUUUGUGCAGAAUGUCGUCAUGUAAUGCCUAGAAUGCUGUAACUGUUUUUGUUUUCAUGAACUUAACAUUGAUAAAAUUUACUGAACACCCCUUAAGUAUAGCUUGCUGUUUUAUGAAUGUUUAAUCAAUUAUUUUUACGAAUUAGUGUAGAUUUUCCUAUGCUAGUCAAUAUGUAUUCAUUGUCCUUAGCAAAAAGCAACUCUGCUGGCCUCUUUUGAUGCACAUUUUAGAACAUUCCACUUCCAUUUUAGUAUUUUAUCUGAAUUGGGGGGGGGGGGAGAGGAUGUUUCACUCAGUUUCCUCUAUUAUCUGUGAUGAACACCCCCAAUAAUUAAUAAAAUCCAGGAAACUACUGUAUAUUAUUGAACACUUUUAUUUAUUUUAAAAUGGAUACUAUUCAUUGAUGUAAAAUAAAAAACUCCACUGCCAUGGUAUAUAGCUCUUGAAAUCACUUGUCAGUUACAGAUGUCCUCAUUUACAGAUAAUGAAAAGAAUUCAGUCUAUUUUCUGUACAUUGAAGCCUGCCUCUUAAUAGGGUGCAUGUAGAGAAGAGAGCCAUAUAUCUAAUAUGAACUAAAUGGAUCACCAUGCAAAAGACCAUGCAUAGCAAUCGUUCAAUUUUCUUACGGGUUUUUUUUUGUGUCAGCGUGUAUUUUUUGCCAAAUGAAGUAUUUGUCAACCAUCCAUUUUUUUCUGCAAAGUUGCACAUCUUUGAUAAUGGCUUUUUAAUAUGUUUUGUAUCCCAUAUAGAAACCUAUUUGACACACAACAUUGCAAUUUUCAUUAUUGUCAUCUUGUUGGGAAGAGAGUUUUUCAGAUUGAGUGAUGUAGAGCAGAGGUGUCAAUCCGACAGCGUCACAUCACAUAUCACAACUUUUCCCCCCUUUGCUAAACCAGGGGUGGGUGUGGCCAGUGUGUGACGCAUUUGGCCCAUGGGCCGCAGGUUUGACACCUGAUGUAGAAAGAAUUGUUCUGCUACUAUACUGAAGACAGCAUAUUUUUCGUGAAGUGUUAGGCAUGAUGUAAUUAAAGAACAAUGAUUUUCUUACUGGGUUACUCUUCAGAGCAGAAAGGGGAGAGAAAUAAAAUGAAAAUGAAUGUUGAGUAAAAGGAUCUAAUAUUUACUGCAGAUAGAGCCAUAAUUGCACAAGAAAUCCAGAUUAAAAGGCGGGGAUUUUUCCAACUAGUUUGGAUUGUAUAGUGAAAUAUGCCAGAAACAUAUGGAGAGGGCAGGAAAGUCUGAAUGACAAACUAUCAAAACCUAUAUGUAUUGUGAAUUUAAAGCAACAAUAUUCUACUGACUUAAAGCUGCUUGAAUUCAACAAUAUUUUUGACUGCAAGUAUACAGCUGGCCUCUAAAGCCAUUUAAUACAGUAAUCUUUAGAAAACCGAAAAUACUAUUGAAAGCCGCACAGAACAUCAACAGUAAAUGUUGUUAAAUUAGGUUUAGGUCACUCCCAUUGUAAUCUUGCGCACAUUUACUUUAAAUACCAUAAUCUUGACUGAACUAAAUGCUAAUGAGGGAUUUCCUAAUACGUAAACCAGAUUUACAUAA